CGGAGUUGGGGGCUCCUGGUCUCUGAAUUCUUGCUCUCUUGCAGAAAGUGAGCUGCGGGUAGCCGCUGCCGCCGGCGGCGCGACAGUCGGUCUUUCUCUCAAACUUUCGGGGGCGCUGCUUUUCGGGGCUGUAGCUUGAUUAUAUCUGUGGCCUUUUCUUACCGCGUUUGUUGUGAAAGAUGUUGAACCCCAGCACCAUGGAGGUAGUAACGGAUAAAGACCUGAAUCAAGAAGCCAACCUAACCAAGAGGCGGUACACGGAGCUGAGCAGGCAGGGACGGAUCUUCGACGCCAGGAACAGGAUCAUUGGGGGAGACGCACAUGCCUGGGAUAUUCAAGUUCAUGACCAGAUGAUAAGAAAAGAAACUGAAAAAGCUAGGCAUGAAACCUUUGCUGCUGAAAUGAGGUACAAUGACAAAAUCAUGUGCCUACUCCGGGACCGGGAACAGAGAAACAGGAGGCAACUCUGUAAAGCUCUCAAUGAGUUCCAGAAGAACUCUCAGAAGUCAGAAACUCGCCGUGAAUUUGAUCUGUAUGACCUCGGGUCCCUUAGAUCCCGAAUGUCAGACAGUGGCAAGCAGAAUAACGUAUCAGGAAUGCAGAAGUUCAUGGGAGAGGAUUUAAACGUCCAACAGAGGAAGAGAUUCCAAAUGGAGCAGAACAGAGAAUGGUACCGGCAGCAGCAAAGAGCAUGGGAGAAAGCCCGGGCCAACCGCAAACUUGCAGAAGACCUCCACAAUCAGACAAGACUAAAAUUUGAUGAAGCAGCCCAAGAGUUGCAGAACUUGGAAUGUGCCACCAAGAAGAAAGUCUGUGCAGCCACGAAAGAGUUCAACAAGCAGCAGGCUAUAGAGAUGGCAGAAAGGAAGAAGAAAGAGAAACAAAAAGAGCAAGAAGACAACCUAGCUGAGAUCAACAACCUGCUCCAUUCGGAACUGCUGUUGGAGAACCAACAGCAGGCUCGCUCCGGAUCGCAUGUGGUCCCUUCCCACUGGAAGGGCAUGAGCCGGGAGCAGCUGGAGGAGAUCCGCUACGUACAGAAGCAACAGAUCCAGGAGAAGCUGAGACUUCAGGAGGAAGAGCGUCAGCGCGUCAUGGACUGGGACCGACGCAGGAUCCAGAAGGCUCGCGUCAGCCUGCUGCAAGAGAGGCAGCAGCAGCGCUUUCAGCGGGAGAUGCGCAGGGCGCUGGACUGCAGCAACUUCAGCCUGGCUAGGGAGCAGUAUUUACAGAAAAAAGAAAUGGAUGCAGCCUCCUCAAGCCAACCGACAGAAGAGUAUUACUCACAGUUUAAUACAGGAGGCCGCUAAUAGAAAAGACUCUUCCUUUCUUGUGUAUAGCAGUGUGGUCCCCUAGGAGUCACAUUUAUUUCCAAGUGAACCUGGUCUGAACAUCCCCUUAUUCAGGGUGAUGUCUCACCACCCUGGUUGGAGGGUGCGCACUCUGCCAAGCUCUGCUCUGUGGGGGUCCCUAGCGCAGCUCUGGGUGCUGAGGACAUAGGCACAGUGAACCAUUCUAGUGAGGGCCUGUGUGCUCAAGCUCCAGGCCUGCUGCUGCAGUCAUGUGCUAGCACAGUGAGCAUCACAGGUGUUCCAUGUGCUCUGUGAACACUCCUUCUUUGCAUUCUCACCAGAGGGUGGCCAAUACCUUUGCCACUCCCCUUGACUGGUGGGAGAACCUGAUUUAAAGGAACACAUCUGGCUUAUGGUGAUUCCCUACGCUUCCUCCUCCCCACCCCCCGAAAAUGCAGCAUGUAGGAUUGAACCCAGCAAGUCUGCCUUUCAGCCUUUUCAUCUCCCAGCUCCUGUAGCAAAGACCCCAGGCAAAAGUGGCUUCUAUAAAGCAUUCUUGCUGUAAUGGAAACAAGCUGACCUAGAAGCCCUGCUAGCUGGAGGAGGACCCAGUGCCCUCUGCUAUUUGCUCUUCUUCUCUUGCUACUGUGUAGCUACCCUCCUGGGGUCUAGGCCUCUGCUCCAACUUGCAACCCUGCACCACAUCCUGUCACCCCUCUCCAGGCAGUGAGCACUACCGCCCUUCAGGGAUGUGGUCUCAAAGUAUCCAUUUCACCUCUGCUCACAUCUCCACUCUGCCUUGAAUUUCCGGGAAGAGUGUUCCUUGGUCUGGGCAUCCCAGGGUGAUGAGACCGGAAGGGGAUGAACAGACCGAGGAGACCUACACAUUUAUUCAUCACAAAUGCAUUCUUUGGAAGCAUGCCACCACUGUAAGCCAGCCCCAGCUGUUUUCCUUCUCAAGAGCUGCCAGCAGAGGAUGCAUGUAGUGGUACCAAAAAGGGAUUUCAAACCAGGCUUUCCUUUUUGGGACACAGAGACAUAAUUAGUCACGUAACGGUGGUCUGUUGUUCGAAAAUCCAGAAUCAGCAAAACUGUUCUUUCCCCUGUGGAUAAAGGGGAUGACUGCAGAGAAACAUGGGGCUACUUGCUAGGAGUUAGGAAGUGUACAGAUAAAAACAGGUACCCCACCAUACUGCUAUCAGGACGGCAACGGAGGAAACCCAGUGUUCAGCGAGCUCCCUUGCUGUCAGCCAUUGCCACAUCCACCAGCAGGUGGCGCUUCUGGCUCGCCUGCUCCAACGGCCACAGAGCCCUGGCCAUCUUGUUUCCAGAAGCACAAAAGUCUCUGCAGAUAAAGGAGGCUGACAGGGAAGGUCAUUAUGACAACUGAGUAACAGCCUCGUUGGGUGUCAGGGCAAGGUCUCCACCCUGUCUGUGAGCGCCAGUCCUAAUCCACCGACAGAGCUUGGGAGAGGGGCUGGGGAGCGGUGAAGGCCAUGAUGACGUAGGAGGCAGGCAGGGAGGUAAAUGGAGAGCACGCGUACAGAAUGUCCAGGUCUCACCCCUAACCCUUACCUUCAGGCAUAUGCUGCCCAUGGUUCAGCCCAUGCCCACUGCCACACCUGGCGAUCUCAAUCUUUCCAAGUCUGUGUAGAGAUGCCCGCUUUGCU